CGUCGCUCGAGGAUCGCGGCCCCGGGGCAUCCGCAUCCCACAGGCAGGCGGACGGUCGGACGGAGCUCCAGAGUUCGGGUGCUGCGGAGGAAGGCGUGGGCAGCUGUCAUUUAGAUGUUGAUAUGUAAAGCAAAAUGGCAAAAAUCAACACCCAGCACUCCUACCCUGGUAUGCACAGACUGUCUGUCAGAACGACUGAUGAAGAUAUUGAAAGGAUUGAAAAUGGCUAUAUCAGAACCCAUUCACUGUGUGAGGAUGCGUCUUCAGAACUGCAGGGAGUCAUUUCUGUGGAGGGAAGACAUGUAUCUGAAUCCCAGACGAGCUCAUUCACAGGCAGGGGAGCAAUGGCAAGGCUGUCACGAUUUGUCUUAUCCGUAAGGUCAUGGGCCACAAGACAUUCCCAUCAUGAAGACCAAAGGCCUGAUUCUUUCCUGGAGCGUAUCAGAGGGCCGGAGCUCGUAGAGGUGUCCAGUAGGCAAAGUAACAUCCGCUCCUUUCUGGGUAGCCGUGAGCGGCCUGGGGCAGUAAACAGUCACUGGCCUUUGGCCAGAUUUAAUGUCAACUAUAGCAACAACACCAAUGAAGACAAAAAGGAAGAAAAGAAAGAGGUUAAAGAGGAGAAAAAAGAGGAGAAAAAAGAGGAAAAGAAAGAGGAAAAGAAAGAGGAAAAGAAAGAUGACAAAAAAGAUGACAAAAAAGAUGAUAAAAAAAAGGAAGAGCCAAAAAAAGAAGUCUUUGUGAUAGAUCCUUCAAGCAAUCUGUACUACAACUGGCUGACCAUAAUUGCUGCACCCGUGUUCUAUAACUGGUGUAUGCUAGUGUGCAGAGCCUGCUUUGAUGAGCUACAAAUGGACCAUGUUAAAUUAUGGCUGUUCCUGGAUUAUUGCUCUGAUAUCAUCUAUUUUUUUGACAUGUUUGUCAGAUUCAGAACAGGCUUCCUUGAACAAGGCUUGCUAGUUAAGGAUGAAAAGAAAUUACGAGAACAUUAUACCAAAACGUUGCAGUUCAAACUGGAUGUGCUGUCUCUUCUGCCAACAGACCUGGCUUAUUUGAAGCUUGGUCUGAACUACCCCGAACUACGGUUUAACCGCUUGCUGAGGAUUGCUCGACUGUUUGAGUUUUUUGACCGUACUGAGACCAGGACAAAUUAUCCAAACAUGUUUCGUAUUGGAAAUCUCGUGUUAUACAUCCUUAUCAUCAUCCACUGGAAUGCGUGUAUAUACUUUGCGAUUUCGAAGGUCAUUGGAUUUGGAACCGACACUUGGGUCUAUCCCAACAUUUCCAUUCCAGAGUACGCGCGCCUGUCUAGGAAGUACAUUUACAGUCUGUACUGGUCGACGCUCACGCUGACGACCAUUGGAGAAACACCUCCCCCAGUGAAAGACGAAGAGUAUCUCUUUGUGGUCAUUGACUUCCUGGUGGGUGUGCUGAUCUUUGCUACCAUUGUUGGUAACGUCGGCUCCAUGAUUUCUAACAUGAAUGCUUCCAGGGCAGAGUUCCAGGCCAAAGUGGAUUCUAUUAAACAGUACAUGCAAUUCCGAAAAGUGACUAAGGAUUUGGAAGCCAGGGUUAUUAAAUGGUUUGAUUACCUCUGGACCAACAAGAAAACAGUGGAUGAGAAGGAAGUUCUCAAAAAUCUGCCUGACAAGCUGAAGGCUGAAAUUGCCAUCAAUGUCCAUUUGGACACGCUAAAGAAAGUGCGUAUAUUCCAAGAUUGUGAAGCUGGACUUCUCAUUGAGCUGGUACUGAAACUGAAACCUACCGUCUUCAGUCCUGGGGACUACAUUUGUAAAAAAGGAGAUAUUGGAAGAGAAAUGUACAUUAUUAAAGAGGGGAAAUUGGCUGUGGUGGCAGAUGAUGGCAUAACCCAAUUUGUAGUCCUAAGCGAUGGCAGCUACUUUGGUGAAAUCAGCAUCUUAAACAUCAAAGGUAGCAAAUCUGGCAAUAGGAGGACAGCCAACAUUAGGAGUAUUGGUUAUUCUGAUUUGUUCUGCUUGUCUAAAGAUGAUUUAAUGGAAGCCCUCACAGAGUAUCCAGAAGCCAAAAAGGCUCUGGAAGAGAAAGGGCGUCAAAUUCUGAUGAAAGACAAUUUAAUAGAUGAGGAGGCAGCAAAAGCAGGAGCUGACCCAAAAGACUUGGAAGAAAAAGUAGGAAGACUUGAAACAGCUCUGGAUACGCUGCAGACUAGGUUUGCGAGGCUCAUGGCAGAAUACACCGCAUCUCAACAAAAGGUGAAGCAGAGACUUUCCAAAGUAGAAACCCGAGUGAAAAAAUAUGGUAGUGGCAGCUUAUCAGUUGCAGAAGCAGAGGCUGAAAAACCUGAGGAGAAAAAGCAGUAAUGGAGCAUUUAUAUUUCCUCAUUUAUUCGAGAAAGUUGAAGCACUGAAAGCCAUAAAUGUAUGUAAAUAUGUGUGUGCAUACAUAGACAUGAUUAUUUUUAUAUGAACUCAAGAGAAUGGUUUUUAGCACUUUUAACUGAAGCAGUAUUUCUUUGCAAAUAGAACACUGUCACCAUCUUCUUAGGGGGAAAUUUGGACUGGCACUUGGGUACUUUUUUGUACUGGGAGUGGGUUUCUUACAAGUUAUGCUCAGAAUGUCUGUUUUGUUUGGUACCUGUAGGCCUUGACACACUGUCUCUUCCCAUACAUCUUGUGUUAAGAAGGCAUUGUAUUUGAAGUAGAAGGAAUUGGGUUUUUUCUUUUUUAAGGGCUUAAAAAAUAUUUAUAGGGUACCUGCUGUACUUUGCUACCUUAGUAGCUGAUUAAAUGCAUGGACAGAAUCCAGGUUUCUCAAAAUCUUUGUUCUUUCGCAGUGUAGAGUCUGUGCAAACAGUUGUCCGACAGCAAAGCAGCAUCACUUACCUGGCCAUUGCAGUGCAGCCCUGCACGUGUAUGAAACAGCCAUGCAUCUGGAUGUGUUAGCCUAAUUCUUUCUAAUGAGCUGGGCUCUGCACAAAGGACCAUGCUGAGAGAGUAGCAGUGCUUAUUCAUGUCCUUUCUGGCAUGGUCUGUGACGGCCUUUGCUGCUCUGCAACUGCUUCACUAGGGGGCAGAGUGUGAAAUCCCCCCUUUUGUUUUUCUUAGCACAGUUCCAUCCCCACUGGUAAAACACUCACUUGGAAGGGAGUCCCCAAAAGCUCACUGGCGGAAGGCAGCUGGGGCAGUAUGGCUUCACCAAACCUGGGAAGAGAAAAGAGGGCCCUGGUGCAUGCAGUUCCUGCAUGUGGGAUGCUGAGUGAAUUCCCUGUCAGCAAGCAGGCAGUCCCAGAGGGAGGCUAUGGAGAAACUGUGUGGACUGGCAGGGUAGGCUGUCCCUGCCUGCCAGCCAGCUUUCUCCCACAACAGGGUUUCUGUGAGGCAGGGAACGAGCACCAUGUUGCAAAGUCA